AUGCAUAUUGGACUACCAAGCCACUCCGGGUCACCAAGCCACUCCGGGUCACCAAGCCACUCCGGCUCACCAAGCCACUCUGGGUCACCAAGCCACUCCGGGUCACCAAGCCACUCCGGGUCACCAAGCCACUCCGGCUCACCAAGCCACUCUGGGUCACCAAGCCACUCCGGGUCACCAAGCCACUCCGGCUCACCAAGCCACUCUGGGUCACCAAGCCACUCCGGGUCACCAAGCCACUCCGGCUCACCAAGCCACUCUGGGUCACCAAGCCACUCCAGGUCACCAAGCCACUCGGGGUCACUAAGCCACUCCGGGUCACCAAGCCACUCCAGAUCACCAAGCCACUCGGGGUCACUAAGCCACUGGGUCACCAAGCCACUCCGGGUCACCAAGCCACUCCGGGUCACCAAGCCACUCCGGCUCACCAAGCCACUCUGGGUCACCAAGCCACUCCGGGUCACCAAGCCACUCCGGCUCACCAAGCCACUCUGGGUCACCAAGCCACUCGGGGUCACCAAGCCACUCGGGGUCACUAAGUCACUCCGGGUCACCAAGCCACUCCAGAUCACCAAGCCACUCGGGGUCACUAAGCCACUCUGGGUCACCAAGCCACUCCAACUCACCAAGCCACUCCAGGUCACCAAGUCACUCCAGGUCACCAAGCCACUCGGGGUCACUAAGCCACUCCGGGUCACCAAGCCACUCCAGAUCACCAAGCCACUCUGGGUCACCAAGCCACUCCAACUCACCAAGCCACUCCAGGUCACCAAGCCACUCCGGGUCACCAAGCCACUCCAGGUCACCAAGCCAGGUCACUAG